AUGUCAAAAGCAUCGGCAGAUAUCCCCGUAAUCGACAUUUCACCCUCGAAUUCGGAAGCCGCGAAGCAGAUUCUCGCUGCUGCGGAAAACAAUGGCUUCCUGUUCAUCGAGAACAAUGCGGCCGCGGGAAUGCCACCGGCCAAAGUUGACGAGAUGUUUGAUCUGAGUAAAAAGUUCUUCCAAGGCCCAGUGGAGAAUAAGAAAGAAUGUCCCACGCAGAAUAAUCGGGGAUGGGUCUCCAUGCAGCAGGAGACAUUGGAUCCUGGUAAUCAGAAACGAGGCGAUUUCAAAGAAGCCUUCAACCUCGGCGAAUUCGCCAACAACAAACCCAACCAACCACUACCCAAACCAUUCUCAAACAAUGUGAACACAGUCGCGGACUUCAGUAAAUCUUGCCAUGCCCUCUGCAAUAGAAUACUCGAACUUUUCGCAGAAGCCUUGGAUAUCCCAUCUGAUUGGUUUAGCUCACGACAUGAUCAGUCAAAUGGAGCUUCAGGAACCAUCAUGAGAUUGCUCUAUUAUCCUUCCGUCUCAGAUAAUUUGGCACCAGAAGAAGACGACAUACGCGCCGGUGCCCACAGCGACUACGGCACCCUAACCCUUCUCUUCCAACUUCCCUCCCAGCCAGGCCUAGAAAUUCUCACACCCUCUGGUACUUGGUCUAGCGUCCCCGUUGACCCAAAGAACACUCUUCCCAUCGACCCUUCUGCACCUCUGCCUAUUCUAGUAAACAUAGGCGACCUAAUGUCAUAUUGGACGAACGGGUUGUUGAAGAGUACUGUGCACAGGGUCAUCUUCCCAAAGGAGGCGAGAAAAGGUGGAGAGGAUAGGUACAGCAUGGCUUACUUCUGUCAUCCGUUGGAUGAGGCCGAAUUGGUGGCUGUGCCUAGUAAGCGCAUUGAGCAAUACAAGGGUCAAGGCGGAGUGGAGAAAGGUGGGAAAGUGUUGACGGCGAAGGAUCAUUUGCUCGAGAGAUUGGCUGCAACUUAUGGUACAAAGGCGUAG